UAGUAGUAAAUCGAAACAAAAAUACUCACGAGCCCUUAAUUUGAACUAAUAAAUAUAUGUACCUAAUGAUUUAAAAUUUUAUUUGAUCAAUAAAGAGCAACAAUAGAAUAAAUUGUGUCCAAAUAAAGUGAACACAGAGGAAAUCCGAUGGAUUAAUUUCGCGCUGGCCGCUGGGGAUACGAAACGAAAAACAAACAGUCAUGGAUCUGUCACAUUGAACCAAAAUUAUCAGAUUGAGUUAAAAAUAGUAUUUUUGUCAUGAACAAAUAAACAUACACAUACAUUUACAAUAUUAUAUUUAUUUAGUACAUUUGUAUUAUGUAUUGAAUCGUUUUUGUUAGAAAAUCAUCAGUAUGAACGACUUUGCCAAUUUAGAAAAAACUAUUGUUCGGGAACUGUCGUGUCGUUUGUGUCUGUGUACAGAUGUGGUCAAACUGAAACCUCUCAGUGCAGAAGUUAAGCGUAAGAUCAAGAGACUCUUUGAUAUUAUGGUUCGCACGGACGAUACACUACCAAAGGCAAUAUGCCACGACUGUUUACAACAAGUAUCGGCAUUGCACCUGUACGCUGUUAAAGUUGAGAAAACUCAAAAGUUUUUGGAAUUUCACAAAAUGAAAAUGCAGGAAGAAAAGCGCGAUGUCCCAAGUGACAAAAUGCAUCCUAUUAUAGCAACACUCUCGAUACAAAACUUGCCAGAAAAUCAAAAGAAGCUCAAUCAAGCACAAUCAAAACCAAAAACGCCACCACCCGACCACCAGCAGGGUGACGCGAAGCCUUCUAAAAACAAAGUGCCAAAGAAAAAGUCACCUUCAGACAUGAAAUUCAUGGAAGCCAUGACGUUAGAAGAAUUUGCCAGUACGGAGAAAGUAGACAAGACUCUCCUUAGUACGCCAGGCCCAAGGGCACUUGUAUUACAUACAAACACGAAAAAAGAGAGAGAAAUUCAGAGGGACCAGUCUAACAAGACCGAUGUCGAUUUUAGUACCGACAGCCUUGAUCCCUUAGUCCUUCUAGAUGGUCGGCCAGCUAAACAAGGCGCCGCUUUGGACAGACAAAUAACUCUUUUCUAUAAAAUGGAAUGCUGUAUAUGCCACGAAAACGGUUUCCACUUCCGCUCUUUGAUGAAACACUACAAAGAAAGGCAUGGCGUACCAGGUUACGUUACAUGUUGCGACAAAAAGUUUCACUAUUUCUAUCCAAAGAAAAUUAUCGAGCAUAUGGCGUUUCACUUACAACCUAAUAUUUUUAUGUGUCCAAGUUGCCACCAAAACUUUCAGACGUCACAAGAGUUGUAUGAGCAUCAGAGUAAUGGCGGCCGAUCUGAAGGCAAAAUUGUAUGUCCGAGAUGUUCAGAGCGCUAUCCCACGUAUCACGAGUUAGGUUGGCAUAUCAUCACGCAUCGCAGCGACAAACUUCAGUGUGACUACUGCGGGAAACAGUUAAAACACCACCAUCGUAAAAAAACUAUUAAUCACAUGGAAGAUGUUAUUUUGUGUUCGCAAUGUAUGAGACAGUUGAAGGCCAUAGAAAAGCAAGAAAAAGAAAUUAAAGAAAAAAUUAAAGCUAAGAGCAACGAGACUGUCAUGAUUCAAAAGUAUCAGCAGAGAUUCAAACAAGCUAUGGGACUAUCGGGGGACGAAGACGCAUCGACAGACUAAAACAUAAGUUAUUAAAAAAAUAGCAAUCUAGUAAAAGUUCUCGACUAAAAGACAAUACAAAAUAGAAGUGUUCAAUUAAUUUAAAAUAAACAUUGUUUUGUAGUAA